AUGGUCAACGUCAAGUACACAAAAAUCUUCAUCAACAACGAAUGGGUCGAUUCGGUGAGCGGCAAGACCUUCCCCGUGAUCAAUCCCACUACCGAGGAAAAGUAUGCCGACAUUGCCGAGGGUGACAAGGCUGACGCCGACAAGGCCGUGGCCGCUGCCGUGGCCGCUUUCCGUCUGAACUCUCCCUGGCGCAAACUGGACCCUUCUGCCCGAGGUCGACUGCUGAACAAGCUGGCUGACUUGCUGGAGCGAGACAUCGAAGAGUUGGCAGCUCUGGGCUCGCUAGAGAGCGGCAAACUGGUGCAUACGUCCACCUUUGAAGUGCAAGCUUCGGUGGCGGCGUUGCGCUACGUUUCCGGUUGGGCGGACAAAAUUCACGGCAAGACUAUUCCAGCAGAUGGGGGCGUCACCAGCUUUACCCGCAUCGAGCCAGUUGGCGUCUGUCUAGCAAUUUGCCCAUUUAAUUUCCCGCUCCUUUUAACCUUCUGGAAGAUCGGGCCCGCACUGGCCUGCGGAAACGUGUGCAUCGUCAAGCCUUCAGAGAAGACACCGGUGACCGCGCUUUACCUCGCCUCACUCGUUGCUGAAGCUGGUUUUCCGCCUGGCGUACUCAACGUCGUUCCUGGAUACGGGCACACGGCGGGCGCCGCCCUGGUGGAGCACCCUCAGGUGAACAAAAUCUCCUUUACUGGCUCUACGGCGACUGGAAAACUAAUUGCAAAAAAGGCCAGUGCCACACUGAAACGCGUUUCACUGGAGCUGGGAGGAAAGAGCCCCCUCGUAGUGACGCCCAACUUUGACGUGCAGACGGCGGCGGCGAUC